AUGUCUGGUGCAUCAACCCCGCUGUCGCCCACAACCACCCUUUCGGCACCUCCCUCCCCGAAGCUCAAGCCAUCGGCCAAUGAGCUGCAGAGAAUUGCAGAGUCGGGCGCCCUCACCGCUUCCACCCUCAUCGAGUUCAUCGCGUCCCGUACCACCUCAUCCUCGUCUGUCUUCGUCUACGACCUCGCAGAACAGGCCGGCUUCGGUUCUCUCACAAAAGCAUGGUCCGCCGCCGGCCAUGACGCCUCAGCGCCCGUUAUCAGUCUCCAGACUAGAGCAGGCGCCGGCCUCAGCUUGGUUGGCCGUCUCUCCCAAGGUUCGAGCAAGGAUGUCUCCAAGGCUGCCGUCCUCUCCGCAUACACCACACCAUCUGGACUUGCAGCGAUGGCCCAGUCGUUGUCCUACCUCCCGCCAGCAACACCAUCAAGUAGGGUCGUCAUCCAGGUCCCCACAGUGACGCCCGUGGGCGAGCACUUUACUCUCUCACCCACACUCGCGCCUUUCACUCCGACGCUAUCCUUUCUCCCGGAGGGGUUCACCGUCCUCCUCUCCGCGACGCCCCAGGAAGCGAUCGACUUCGCCACGCUUUCCUACACCCUAACCGACACGCACAUCAUCCAUCUAUUCGACCAUCAUUGCGCAACCCGCGAGACUGGGCACGUCACCUCCGCCCCAAUCGUUAUCCCCGAACCGGGUCUCUCCCUCGAAGAUGGCCUCAAUAACGCCGGCUACAGCGCGUUCGAGUACGCCGGCGCCCCCGACGCUGACACCGUCUUCGUCCUUGCGAACGGGCCGCUCGCGCUCGCGGCGAAGGCGCUCGCUGCGCGCGUGCCUGGCCUGGGGGUGGUUAUCGUCCGCGUUCUGCGCCCGUGGAGUGAGGAUGCGCUCCGUGCUGUGCUCCCCGCGUCGGUCAAACGUGUGCACGUCUUGGACGACGUCCCGACGGAGAGCACCCAGGGUGCACUCUACGUCGAUGUUUUCUCCACCCUCCUCGACCCGCUCGCCCCGGGCCCAGUCGUGAAGGCGCACCGCGUCGUCCCCGCGAAGACUCAGGCCUGGCUCGAGAGCCCGGCCGACUUCAUCGACUUCAUCGCCGGGCAGCUCCCGGUGCCGAUCCCCACUCCGUCUCUGGACGCAUCCCCGGCGAAGAAGCUGCUCUUCUUUGGCAGCCCCGAGUCCGCGCUCGCUGGGGUCCCGCGCCUGGUCGAAGCGACGUUCCUGCCCCACAAAGCGCUCUCCGCCCGCCUAGUCUCUCUCCACGACGCGUUCUCCAAGCCCGGCGGUGUCUCUGCCGACAAGAUCGUCCUCGCGCCCCGCGACGACAAGGCCCCCUACACCGCCCUCUCCACCGCUAUCCCCAUCUCUGCCGGCAGCCACGGCGUCGCUAACUUCGUCGCCGUCCUCGACCACACCCUCCUCAAAUCGCACGACGUCGUCAGCCAUGCCCUCCCCGGAUCUCCAGUUCUCGUCGUCACCGACUGGACGGCUGCGGAGCUCGCCGCGAACUUGCCCGCGGAGGUUGUGCACACCAUCCUCGACCGCCAGCUGCAUGUGUGUGUCCUGGACGCGAAGGCACUCGCCGCGCGGUACGCACAGGGCAACGUUCACAAGCUUAAGGCUCUUCAAGAUGCCGUCGUUCUCCUCGCUUUCCUCCGUCUCUACCUCGGCAAGGUGGCGACGCGGACUCUGGUGGGGAAUAUCGCGGCCGCGACUCUUGGAGAGGACAUUCGUGGGGUCUCGUUGGACAAGCUUUCUCUGGUGUCGCUCAAGCCCUUCCAGUUCAACGCCAUCGCCGUCGAGACCGCGGAGGGCGAUACCGUCGUGGACGGUGCGCGCCUCAGUUUCUGGCACGACGCCGCGAAGCACAUCCUCUUUCCCUCCGCCUUCACCCCCACAGACGCCCUCGCGCCCGCCUCCUCGUUCGAACAGCACCCGGCGCUGCGCCCUGAGAUCCAAGAACGCACCUUCCUCGUCACCUGCACCGUCAACCGCCGGCUCACGCCACUCGAGUACGACCGCAACGUCUUCCACCUCGAGUUUGACACACGCGGGACCGGACUCAAGUACGAGAUCGGCGAGGCGCUCGGCGUGCACGGCUGGAACGACGCCGCGGAGGUGCUCGACUUCUGUGACUGGUACGGUGUCGACCCUUCCCGGCUCGUCACGCUCCCCGUGCCCGGCACCGACGGCGCGCGGAUGCACACCCGCACCGUCUUCCAGGCGCUCCAGCAGCAGGUCGACCUCUUCGGCAAGUCGGGCAAGGCGUUCUACACCGAGCUCGCCGAGCACGCGGCGGGCAUGGCGGAUCGCUACGCGCUCCGCUUCAUCGGCUCCGCGGAGGGCUCCGCGACGUUCAAGAAGUUGAGCGAAAAAGACACGGUCACGUUCGCGGACAUCCUCCGCCGCUACGAGUCCGCGCGCCCGGGCAUCGAGGUCCUUUGCGAGCUCAUCGGGGACAUCAAGCCGCGCCACUACUCCAUCGCGAGUGCGCAGGCGGUCGUCGGCGACCGCGUCGACUUGCUCGUCGUAGCUGUGGACUGGGCGACGCCCUCUGGCUCGCCGCGCUAUGGCCAAUGCACGCGCUACCUCGCCGGGCUCAAGGUCGGCCAAAAGGUCACAGUCUCCAUAAAGCCCUCCGUGAUGAAGCCGCUCAUCAUGGCCGGCCUCGGCACCGGCGCCGCGCCGUUCCGCGCCUUCCUCCAGUACCGCGCGCACCUCGCCGCGCAGGGCGUCGCCGUCGGGCCCGUGUACUACUACUUCGGCUCGCGGCACCAGUCGCAGGAGUACCUCUACGGCGAGGAGCUCGAGGCGUUCAUCCUCGACGGCACCGUCACCCGCGCCGGCCUCGCGUUCUCACGCGACGGCCCGCGCAAGGUGUACAUCCAGCACAAGAUGCAGGAGGACGCGGUGGAGCUCGCGAAGAUGCUCUGGGACGACGCGGGCGUGUUCUACCUGUGCGGGCCGACGUGGCCCGUGCCGGACGUCUACGAGGCUCUCGUCGGGGCUCUCGUCGGGUACGCGGGUGUCGACCGCGCGGCCGCGGGGGCGUUCCUCGAGGGCCUCAAGGAGGAGGAGCGUUACGUGCUCGAGGUGUACUGA